CCAAUCCAGGAAAACUCCAGGGCUCUAAAGAAGACCCGGCUUGGACACAUUCCUUUCUUCCUCCGAGAACCCCAAUCCCCUUUUGCUUUUCACAAAUCCCCAAAAAACCAAACCAUACAGAAUAAAUAUGAUGAAUUGAUGGCUUCAACAUCGAAUUCCUCAAGGACACAACCAUCCCCAACUUUCCCCUCAUACAACAACCAAACCUCUCAGCCUCAUUCCUCCAGCUCAACUCAGUUCCCCCAUGGAGGCGACCUGCUAUGUUAACGCCCUUGCAUCUUUCCCUACCAUUCUGCCCUUUAACACAAGGACCUCUGCAACUUUCCUCAACUACUCUCUCAGCUCAAAGCCACAAAAGGUGCUCACACAUUAUGCUUGCAGCAAAUCUUGCCUCACCACCCAUUGCUUCACGAGGAGAGAUGUUGCAGGUGACGCCAUCCCUGAAAGUGCCAAAGGCCCACUCGAUAACGAUGACAACCCCACCUUUAAUUCCUCCUCCACCAUCAAUAAUAAAAGUGAUUUCCUUCUCUCAGAGACAAACACCGAGGGCCUGGUCUUCGACCUUGGUUGCAGAAACUCUUGGGAUAGUAAAGAAAUCGGGUCUCCUGUUAUAAGGAGAUAUCUCAGUGAUGAUGAGGAGAGAUGGUGCAUGUGGUACCAUGGGAGGGGUGACCAGACCUGCGAUUCUAUUGGGUUUGCAAUCUCUUCAAAUGGGGUCCACUGGGAAAGGGGUUCCGGACCUGCCAGAACCACAGAAGAUGUGGGGUUAGUUAUGCAUUGUAGUCAGGACUGGUGGGCUUUUGACACCGAGAAUAUCAGGCCUUCGGACAUCCUUAUAAUGUCUAGUAACAGAGACAGGGCAUCAAUUGGGGUUUACUGGCUCUAUUACACAGGUUUCAACUCCGAAGAGAUUGACAUGAUGACGAAGCCCCCAAUUGGAAACCCGGACAGGGGCUCCGGGAGCCACCAAAUUUUUAGGUCAUUACCCGGUUUGGCAAUGAGCCAGGAUGGGAAGCAUUGGGCAAGGAUCGAAGGAGAGCACCACAGUGGUGCAUUGAUCGAUGUGGGUGGAGAGGGGGAGUGGGAUUCGACUUUUAUAGCCUCACCACAGGUUGUUUAUCACUGUCGCAAUGAUCUAAGGAUGUAUUAUCAUUCUUUUGACAUGCAGGCCGGGUGUUUCUGCAUAGGCCUCGCGAGAUCUAGAGAUGGUAUAAAAUGGGUAAAAUUGGGAAAAAUAAUGGGAGGUGGGUUGCCUGGAUCAUUUGAUGAGGGGGGUGUUAUGGGCCCGCAAGUGGUGAGUAAGAUAGGGAAGGAAAGUGGAGAAGGGUAUGUCAUGGUUUAUGAAGGGUUAAAGGCAGAUGGGUCUCGAAGCAUUGGAUUGGCAGAAUCACCAGAUGGAUUGAAAGAUUGGAGGAGGUGUAGCGAAGGGGUGGUGGUUUUAGGACCCUCAGCAGAGAAGGAUAGAUGGGAUAAUGGAGGGGUGGGUUCACCAAGUGUAGUUCGAAUGGAUGGAGGAAAUGAAUGGAGGUUGUAUUACAGGGGAUUUGGGAAAGUAGGGAGGUCAGGUAUCGGAAUGGCUGUUUCUGAUGAUGGACUCAAAACUUUCAAGAGAUGGAAAGGAUUUCACCUGUGAGGAAAUCUGCAUGUGCGUGUGUGUGAAUGAGGCUGAUUCAACAGCACCUUUUUUUUGGAACUAGUAAAUCAAAGACAUACCUUCUUUCUGAGUUUAUGCAGGAAAAAGGCCUCAUAGUUAUGAUUCUGCUGUAUGAAAUAAUGACCACUAUCAGAGUAAAUAGAAAAGACAAAUUGGUUUAGCAUGCAGAACUCUAAUAUAUGUUAUUCAAGUUAUUGCCUGUAUGGAACGGAUGGCAUUUAUCUUGAGUACACAAUUAUUCAACAUUUAAAUUCU